UCGGAUCGCAGGAUGAUACCAACAGCGGCUGUAGCAUGCUUCAUAGGCAUUGUGCUCGUCUCGCCGUGUUUGUCUGAGACUUGCACGCAGAUCAGUCCUUGUGCUUGCCAGACUUCUCAAGGACUUUUAGACCUUUCACCUCUCGCCAGCAGAAACGGAACACCCAGGUUCCAAGACGUGCCAGGUCCAGCUGGUGCCUUGUUUUACUCCUACAACCCUUGUGAUGGCUUCUCAAAGGGGUCUGGCCCGUGUCAAGACGUUGCGGUGUGUCAGACUGACAAUUCGACGAUGUCCUUCAGCCUAGGAGCUGCGAACUCGACAGUAUUCGCGAACUCGACAGUAUUCGCGAACUCGACAGUAUUCGCGAACUCGACAGUAUUCGCGAACUCAACCAACGGAUGGCAGGUGGUAUAUACAUCACUUGGCAGUCCUACAAGAACAUCUACUGUAACACUUGUUUGUGACCCGAAUGAACCGGGAAACUUCACGGCACAAGGAGAGAAUCCCCAGGGCAGCGCGAAUUAUUUUUUCACGCUGACGUCAAGCAACGCUUGUUUGAAACCCAACCCCACAUCACCCAUGCCCCGAACGUCAUUCCCGCCCACGGACGCCGCGCCCGGGUCACUGCCUAAUUGCCUCUACUUGUUGUCCGUAUACAUCUUGGGUGUAUCAUUGCGUAGCUGAUCGACAACUGAUAUAUUCUACGAGGAAGUCGGAUGAAGUGGCUCCUUUUAUGUCAAGGACCACAGAACAGACCCACGUGGAAUAGUCCAAAUUUCUGUUAAUCUCAUUAAAAUCAGAUCUAAGUUCUCGCUACUGCUAAACAAAGAAAACUUUAUUACGGGUUAUUCCGAACGAUAGUUACAGGCUUAACGACUGAACCAAUACAAUCUAGACCAUCUAUUAGCCAUUCCAGAAUGUUCCUGUGUUCAGGUUUCAAAUUUUUAAUCAAGAAUUUGUCAAAAUAUGUCUCGAAGCGUAGUCGCCAGUUUGAAAUUAGUGCCGUAAGCACGAGAAAGUUGCAUUCUGAUGGGCUAAUGUCGACUUCUUGUCAGUCAUUUAAUUGGUCGGUCAAAGUUCGCGAAUAGUCGGUCUGACAUGACCCGUAAUGGGAUGUCCUCAGAUCUUUGUUUAGCGGUAGCGAGAACUAAGAUCUGAUUUUAAUGAGAUUGAAAUUCUGUCUGCGAUUUCUCAUGACAUACAAAAUGUAAAUUUAAAUGGCCUGUAACAGACCGGACAGACCCGCUGGUGAUACUGAAAACCGUCUGCACAACUUCUGUCUUGUCACCAUGGUAUUCUUGACGAUGAGUUUGAGAAUAGCCAUUUUGUCCUUCACCAUGUCCGUUGUCACGUCAUCAUCGAUUGGAGCGGAAAAUUUCGAGUCCUGAAGGAAAUCAUCCUACAUAUCCAACAGCACCUCUGAUCCUGUUCAAAGCCGAAAAUCACCUAUUUGGCUCUAUCUAUGUAACUUGGACCAAUAAAAUGGCUCAGGCUUUUGUUGGAA